CAAGCGUCCAAGCAUACCGGCCGUCAAAAUGAUCCCUGCCAUUCUCACGACUUUCUCCGUUCUCGGGGCUGCCUAUGCCUCGUCUGUGCAGCCCGUCGUCGCCAAGGGUGGAUGCUACAACAUCAACUCCUACUAUCCCUACACCGGCACCACGGGAUACUUCAUGUUCACCGUCGACGGAUGCGUGAAUACCACCGCGACCGACAAAGCAUGCAACAUUGAGGGCUUCCGCGACACGACUGUUGGCACCGGUGACAACAAAGGACAUAUGGGAAUCGGAUACGUCGGCGAUCAAGCGAUCACCCCCCUUCUAUGCGACGACGCCUCGCCCUCCGUGAUCGACGCAUGCGUGAGCGGCGACAACGGCUGCGAGUUCCAGACGGCGAACAUCAGCUCCUCGACUGGAAUGUUCGACUGGGGACUGUCUGCCCAGGAGAGCAUCAAGGUGGACUUCUACCACCACGUGGUGGAUGGAAAGCAGCAGGACGGCCUCUUCGUGGGCGCCGAGAAUGUCACUUCGUGGGCCAUUAAGCGCUAUCCGGCGGACUCGCACUUCAAGGUUCCCUACUGGUUGCUCAGGUGGUUGGGAGAGGACAAGGAGCUGAAGGAUGGGGAGUUCCAGACUUUCCUUAAGGUUGGAUACAUUUAAACUGAUGUGAAACGCAAUAUCAUGGCUGGGAAUGAGCAAAGGAUAUGAUGAUCAGCAAGGCAUCCGAGAGUAACCAUCAGAACUUCGAAUUGAUGCAGAUGAUGAUAGACAGUUCGAAUAAUGAAGGCCAAAAAGGGUACCUGCCGGGGAGGUUUUGGGAGGUCACAAGGAGUAGUAGAUACACUAUUCAUAUUAAUUGUAGGGGCAUUUUUGGGACCAGACGCGUUAUCUAAUACGCAACCAAUCUUGGAUGACAGUUUCUAC